GGCCCCGCACCCGCGUUCCCAGCUUUGUUUCUCUCGCGAACUGCUUGGCGCCAGGGUUCCGCCUGGCCCGGCCCGGCCCGGUCCCGCUCCCCGCCGACAGGUGCGCGCCCCGCAGCCCCCAGCCCCGGCCCUGCCCAGCCGGGCGGCCCGGGAUUGUGGAAACCCUGGGAAACUGGUUCAGGUCCAGGUUUUGCUUUGAUCCUUAAGAAGAGAAGAAGCUGGAGCGGCGGACGCGGGCCCGCGGCGCGGCGCGCAAGGGAGUAUGUGGAAGCGGCCCCUGCGCUGCCCCGCGCGCCCCGCGCGCCCCUGAGAGCCCGCGCCCCGCGCCCCGAGCCCCGAUGCUCCUCCUCGGCCUCCUCCUGCUGACAGCCGCGCUGCCCGGCCGAGCUCCCGGCGCCCGGGCGGAGCCCAGCCUCGGCCUCGGCCUGGGCGGCAAGUUCCAGCUCUCCGGCGCCAAGGAGCAGAACGGAGUACAGAAUCCCCAGCAUGAACGAGUGAUCACUGUGGCCUCUAACGGGACGAUCCACAGCCCCAGGUUUCCCCACGCCUACCCGCGGAACACGGUCUUGGUGUGGAGAUUAGUAGCAGUGCAGGAGAAUGUGUGGAUACAGCUUACAUUUGAUGAGCGGUUUGGGCUGGAGGACCCAGAAGAUGACAUAUGCAAGUAUGAUUUCGUAGAGGUAGAGGAGCCCAGUGAUGGAAGUGUCCUGGGGCGCUGGUGUGGCUCUGCUGCUGCCCCAGGAAAACAGAUUUCUAAAGGAAAUCAGAUCCGGAUAAAAUUUGUGUCUGAUGAGUAUUUCCCUUCGGAGCCCGGGUUCUGCAUCCACUACAGCAUUGUCAUGCCUGUCACAGAGGCUGUGAGUCCGUCGGUGUUGCCCCCUUCAGCCUUGCCGCUGGACCUGCUAAAUAAUGCUGUCACGGCCUUCAGCACUCUGGAAGACCUCAUUCGGUACCUGGAGCCGGAGAGGUGGCAGCUGGACCUGGAAGACCUAUACAGGCCUUCCUGGCAACUCCUUGGCAAGGCUUUUGUUUUUGGAAGAAAAUCCAAAGCAGUGGUGGAUCUGAACCUUCUCAAGGAGGAGGUGAAGCUGUACAGCUGCACACCGCGGAACUUCUCGGUGUCCAUCAGGGAAGAGCUGAAGAGAACCGACACCAUUUUCUGGCCAGGCUGUCUCCUGGUCAAACGCUGUGGGGGGAACUGCGCCUGCUGUCUCCACGGCUGCAGCGAAUGUCAGUGCGUCCCAAGCAAAGUCACAAAGAAGUACCACGAGGUCCUGCAGCUGAGACCAAAGACUGGGGUCCGCGGGCUGCACAAGUCCCUCACCGACGUUGCCUUGGAGCACCACGAGGAGUGCGGCUGCAUCUGCCGAGGGAACGCGGGGGGCUGACGGCGCCGGGCCAGCGCGCCCCCGCAGCCAGGCGCGGUGCAUCCUGCUCCGGAACUCAGGCCUUAGCACACCCACAGCCCAGUCCAGGUCUGCAGGCCGCGCCGUGCGUCCUGAAGGGAGACGCCCCUGGAGCUGGUGCCUUGGAGCAGAGCGCGGCCUGGAGGCCUGAGAGGGCGCCUGCGUGGAGAGGGACUGAGGGUGGAGGUCACGAGCGAGGCCCGAGUCCGGGUGUCCGGCCCUGCUAGCCGUGCUCUAUAUUGCAGCUGCUUUGAUGGGGCUUAAGUUAAUGUCAGUAAAAGAAAGACCAUGCAAGAGAACACCGUGUUCUGUUGCUCUGCUUAGCUCUAAAGCUCCGUGUUUUGGGCCUGAAGUCAUGGGAAAUCUGGAAAUUUUUUUGCCUUAUUUUUACAGAUAUAAAUCUGAAUAUUCUAUGAACUUGGUUUUUCGAGAGGAACUACAUUGCUGAGUUAUCCUGGUGUCGCGCUGAUGGGAAAGAACCGGUUGUUCCAUAUUUCUUAUUAAAAUGUCUGCCAUUUAGAAGAGAACUAUGUUCUUGGUUUGAAGAGACAAACCAGAAAAGAAGAGUGGCCUUAUCUUCACUUACCUCUAAGUUGGUUUAUUUGUUUUAUUGUGUACAUUUUCAUACUCUCUUUUUGACAUUAUAACUGUUGGCUUUUCUAAUCUUGUUAAAUAUAUCUAUUUUUACCAAAGGUAUUUAAUAUUCUUUUUAUGACAACCUAGAUCAACUAUUUUUAGUGUGGCAAAUUUUUUCUAAGCAGAAUUGUUAUAGCCAGAGAACAAAGAUGAUAUAAAAUAUUGUUGCUCUGACAAAAAUACAUGUAUUUCCUUCUUGUAUGGUGCUAGAGAGUAGUUGAAUCUAUGUUUUAAAAUAUGGAAGUGGGAAAUCGAUAGAAAUGGUAAGUCACAAACACUUUUUGGGACAUAAUUAUCCUAAUUCAAAUGCAAGCAAAAAGCCACCUAUGAAGAGUAGAUAUUCAGCUCCGAUCAUUGCCAGCCAAACCAUUUUGGAGGAAAUGAGCCUAGCUCCGAAGACAUUUCACCUGGGUAAAACAGAGUCCGCUUUCCAGCACAGUAUGCUGCGUUGUGAGGUAGGAAUACAUCCUAUUUAUUUUGAUGUUAUGGUUUAGUACCCUUAAACUCUGUUCCAUACACUUGUAUAAAUACAUGGAUUUUUUUUUAAUGUACAGAAGUAUAUCCUUUAACCAGUUCAUUUAUUAUACUCUUUGGCAGUUGGAAAGAAAAAUCAGUGAAAUACUUUGCUUGUAAAAUGCUUAAUAUUGUGCCUAGGUUUUGUGGUGACUAUUUGAAUUAAAAAUGUACUGAACCCUCAAAUAAAAGAGAUGGCUAUUUUGGGGAGAAACUAAGUGUGAG